UAGAAAAAAUAGUUGACAGCUCCUCGUCAGGCAUCUCUCCAACAGCAGAGAGCUUCCUGGAUUUUGUUUGCCAAUUUUUGCUGUUCCCUUGCUUUUGUUACACACCCGAUUUUGUGUAGCACCAGCAUGACAUCCACUUUAGACGAAAGCAAUAAGGAAAAAAUCCGCUCAGUUUCAGUGGACUUGAACAAUGAUACUUCACUUCUCAUUGACAUUCCUGAUGCGCUAUGUGAAAGGGACAAAGUCAAGUUUACUGUCCAUACAAAGACGACACUGAGCACUUUCCAGAAGCCAGAGUUCUCAGUUCCCAGGCAGCAUGAAGACUUUAUCUGGCUACAUGACACUUUGGUUGAGACAGAGGAAUAUGCUGGUCUCAUUAUUCCACCUGCACCACCUAAACCUGACUUUGAGGGCCCUCGUGAAAAGAUGCAUAAACUUGGAGAAGGUGAGGCGACUAUGACAAAAGAGGAGUACACUAAAAUGAAACAGGAACUGGAAGCGGAAUACUUGGCUGUGUUCAAGAAAACUGUGCAAGUGCAUGAAGUCUUCCUACAGAGACUCUCCUCGCAUCCAGUUUUAAGCAAGGACAGAAACUUCCAGAUUUUCUUAGAGUACGACCAGGAUCUUAGUGUGAGGAGAAAGAAUGCAAAGGAAAUGUUUGGAGGAUUCUUCAAAAACAUGGUGAAAUCGGCAGAUGAGGUCCUAAUCUCAGGAAUAAAGGAAGUUGAUGACUUUUUUGAGCAGGAGAAGACAUUCCUGCUCGACUACUAUAGCAAGAUUAAAGACUCCACUGCCAAAGCUGAAAAAAUGACCCGAUCACACCAAAAUAUUGCUGAUGACUACAUUCGCAUCUCUGCAACUCUAAACAGCAUUUCCGCGGAUGACAGUACAGCAAAUAAAAAGCACUUAGAGAAAUUGUCUGACCUGUUUGAAAAACUACGAAAAGUGGAGGGACGAGUUGCCUCAGACCAGGAACUGAAACUGACAGAGCUGCUUAGAUAUUACAUGAGAGAUAUUCAAGCAGCCAAGGAUCUGUUGUAUAGACGAGCCAGGGCUUUGGCUGAUUAUGAAAACUCUAACAAGGCUUUGGACAAAGCCAGGCUGAAAGGCAAGGACAUUCCCCAGGCUGAGGAGCACCAGCAGCAGUGUCUGCAGAAGUUUGACAAGCUUUCAGAGUCUGGAAAAAGAGAACUCACAAAUUUCAAGGGCAGGCGUGUGGUGGCCUUUCGGAAAAACCUCAUAGAGAUGGCUGAACUUGAGAUAAAACAUGCCAAGAACAAUGCCACUCUAUUGCAAGGCUGUAUCGACCUCAUCAACAGUAAGUGAUGUACCCACAUAACUCUGCCUUCACCUCCUGUUCAGUGGACACAUGUAGAGCUUUUUAUGGACAUAAAACCCCUCCUUUUUUGACCCAUGGGCCUUAUGUCACUUUAUGAACCUGCCCAAGACCGAGCCAGUGUCUUGUACGUAAGCAGAAUACCUGUAUGUUUACACUCUCCUAUGCUCCACGCUUUAUCCAAUAGUUUUGGUUGUACAAUUUCUUUACGAAUUAUGACUGGCAAUGUAUUUCUGACAAUUUUCCCUUGUUUUAUAUUGUCACAUUUGAUUGUAUUGUCACAUUUGAUUCAUUGAAUUUGAUUAAUAAUAUUAUACUGCCAACCAUAGUUUAACUUCCAUCAAAAAUGCAUGAAAGUAAGAUUGUUUACGUGAUUUACAUUCAACUUUUUAAACACAUUUCCACAUAAUAUGCCUAGUUCAAUUCAUAUUUGCCAAUAAAAUGAUAACAUCAGUGCCUUUUGACAGAUUAAUACCUAACCACAAAUUAAAUACCUAAGCAGCAUAUAACCACAUAUAACCCCCUAACCACAAGCAUUGAUUAAGAAGUGUAGAACCACAUUGAACCACUCCUGGACGACUGAUGGAUUACACCGUCUCAUUAAUUAUGAAGAGACUUUUUAAAAUCUCUUAUUGAAACUGUAUUUUGGUCUAUAAUUUCUUCAUAGGCUUCUACUUGUUUUAUUUUCUCACCUCUGCAGUACAUGUUACGAGAACUGUCUUGUUUUUCUUCUUCUCUUUUUUUUCAAAUUGCAGUCUGCUUGUAUCACAUAAUGUAAAGUAGAUUACUCAAGUUUAAAUUUAAACUGAUGCACUAGAAGGUGAAAAAUAUAUUGCAAUGCGAAUAUGUGGAGUCAAAAUGCAUUAUAGUUUUUUAAAGAAGUGAAUGUUUUUCUUAUGAAUUCCAGUUCAUGUGCAAACCUUCCCAUAGUCUUUAUUGGAGAACACAAGUAUUUUAUAGAUUUGUAAUGAGAAUAAAUAAAUCCUACUUUCCCAAGA